AUGAUAGGAUGGACAGUCAUAAUUAUGGCCCCAUAUGUGGCCCUAUAUGUGAAGCAAGCUUGCAUACGGUGGAAUUAUAUUGCAAAACAACAAAGAACGAUAGCUGUCGGAGGAGGCUUCUCGUCCUCUGUCAUUGAUGAAUUCGCCUGAAUACCAAAUACCAAAGAGGCGUGCCCGCUUGUGUGUUAUUCUGCGUGGGUGCGUGCGCGCCCCCUACUGUGUUUUCGGGACAAGCUUGAAACGGUCAAGUCGCAAAUUUGAUUUUACAAUGUAAAUAGAAAGUAGGAGAAUCAUUCGCGAAGUCGUAAAUAUCUAUUUAAAAUUACCUUAGACUGGGUACAUCAGUUAUUUACUGAACCAGCUAAUUGUGCAUUUGCUGAAACAGUCAUAUCGGUGUUUUUAGGAAUUACAAGGGAUUUAAAACAGAAUAACUAUGUAUCGGUCUCUGUAUGCUUUCCGAUCCGCGGAGCCCAACUCGCUCCACUUCGGGGCCGGGGAGGGCUUUCUGAUCCUGGAACGCAGCAACAAACACUGGUGGCUCGGAUCGCGCUGCAGUUCGGGCGAAACCGGCUACGUUCCCGCUUCUUACAUCGAAAGGAUUCAGGCUCCGGAGCAGGAUGAAGUGUUACAGUCUAUCGACAGGGCCAUCGAAGGGAUCCAUAACGUGGCCAUGAAGAACGGGGGCAAAUACAACCUGGAGCAGCGAGACGUGCUACAGAAGUUGAUCCAUCACAGGAAGGAGACCCUGUCAAGGCGAAGUCCAACUCCAUCCAGUCACAAGCAGGGCCUGCCCUCAUCUACCAGCGAACUGUCCCUCAGCCACACCCCUCAACCACCCAAUGGUGUCAGCCGCACCCUGUCAGAGAGUACCGACAAUGUUCAAGGGCUUUACCAGGUGCCUCCUCAGCCCCGCCGUGCAGCACCCAUAACCCCUCCCCCUCCUGAGAAACAAAGAGCCAGCCGACGCCCAGAAUUUUCCAUUCCUCCUCCUCCUGGCCCUACCCCUCCUGCCGGGACUGGCCUGUCCCCCUCGGUCAGCUCCGCCUCCCUGGACUCUGUCUCCUCCCACUCGGUGGUGUCCUCUGAUGUCAGCCUGACAAGCGUUGCCAGCACCCCGCCCCCAGUGCCAAGCCGUGUGAAGCCCCCACCCCAUCCUCCAGAUGACCUGCCCCCCUCUACCCCCUCUCCCCAGCCAGUUCCCUCAAAGAAGGGCCAUGCCCCCCAACCUCCACCACCACAGCCCACUCCACCACCACAGCCCAGCACCGAGGACCAAACAGAAACCGACUGGCCUCUUGCCCCGCCCUCUGUCGCUGAAAGCACCCCUGGAAGCCCCUCUCACUCAGAGCCUGUUCCUGGGACAACAGGGGCGGAGCUUAUUGAGCUGGUUCGGAGCAACACGGGCCUGAGUUACGAGCUGUCUCGGGUGGCGGUGGGUGUGGUCGUGGGUCACCUGCAGACCACCCUUCCUCAAGCCUCCUCUGCCUUAGAGAAGGUCCUCCUCUCAUUGGUAGAGAGCAAGGAUCAGAGAUCUGCGUUGCCACAGGGACAAGUGUGUCACGAUGAACAGCGCCUGGAGGUCAUCUUAGGCGACCUCGCCCGUCACGUUGACGACUCUCAGCAGCGCAGCUGGGCCCUUUACGAAGACCACUCCCUCAUCGCAUGUUACCUGGAGGAGCUGCUGAAGAUACUGACGGAUGCAGAUCCAGUGGUGUGUAAGAGGAUGUGCAGGGUCAACCACUCUGAGCCAGUGCUGUCACUAGUGUCCUACUAUCAGAUGGAGCACCGAGUGUCUCUACGCCUGCUGUUGCUCAAGGUGUUUGGGGCGAUGUGUAGCCUGGACUCUGCCCUCAUCUCCACCCUCCUCAACUCCAUCCUGCCCAUGGAGCUGGCCAGAGACCUGCAGACUGACACACAGGAGCAUCAGAAGAUGUGCUACACAGCCUUGGUCCUGACUAUGAUCUUCUCUAUGGGGGAGCAGGUGCCAUAUCACCACUAUGAGCACUUAAACGCUAGCUUUGUUCAGUUCCUGCUAGAUGUGGUAGAGGAGGGUCUUCCCUCUGACCCCACGGAACAGCUCCCUGACCUCUGCGUCAACCUCAUCCUGGCCUUCAACCUGCACCUCACAGUGCCCAGCAGCAACGUGAUAAUGCAGACUUUGAUCAAGAAAAACGUGAAGCUCUUUUCUGAGAAAAUAGUGCUGCUACUAAACCGAGGAGAUGACCCUGUGUGUGUCUUUAAACAUGCUCCCCCUGCCCCACACUCAGUUCUUAAGUUCCUGCAGGAUGUCUUCGCCAGCAGAGGCUCUGCUAACAUCUUCUACCGCGCGGACAUGAUGGUGAUGAUAGAUAUCGCUGUUCGAUGCAUCUCUGACCUCUCACCUGGGGAAAAGGUGAGAAUGGAGUACCUCGCGCUCAUGCACUCCGUCAUGCGCUCCACAGACUACCUGGAGCACCGGCACCGCCUCUCCGACCUGCAGGGCGCGCUGCAAAGGAUUCUAAGAGAGGACGACUCGGGAGCGGACGAGGGUGGGGCCACGGCCAAACAGAUGGAUAAGCUAAUAGUGCAGGAGAUCUACAAGGAAUUCCCUCAGAUCAGAGACACCUAGGACGACUGAAUAUGACAGCGGUGCUGUGCACUCAUGAGCCGGUAGUCUGUCUCCUUUAUUCCCGAAAGAUGGUACUGUGGCGCUUCCUAGGGUUGACGAAGGAAUGUAGUCAGCUACUUAGUUUCUGAGGUGUUACAACCCUCCGUCACACUUUUUACAAUUAUGACAUAAGAGAUGGCAUGAGCACCAGCUGUCAUGGCGGUUUAUUGCGUCCGUCGUGUCAUGAUUAUGAUAAUGCUAUGUAGCUCUUAUGACGGAGGAUUCAAGUGAAGUGUUACCCAGCAGCAUACUGCAUUGUGCUUUAAAUGUGCUCCCUUGUACUGAGGGACCAAACUGCGGUGUGAACGGAGGGUCUUGUAACCCUGGGACUGGUGUGCUGUAUAUGUCUUCUUACUUUCAGUCUAUUCAUGUGUCUUGAUCACUCACUCUUAUUCCUCACCACCUGGCAUGGCCUCCACAGUAUGUUACUAAGACAGUUCAAAGAAAAGACAAAUUAGGUGAUUAUACUGAUAACAAAACAUUCUGGUCCAGUUUGCUAGAGACAGAUUAAGCCAAGUUCUGCACUGAAAAGCGUGCUCAAUGGAGAAUCUACAUUAACUAGGCUUAAUCUGUGUCCUGGAAACCAGACCUCUGACAAUAAUACAUUCUAGGCUUUGAGGUUAGUUUAAUACUCACUAUUUAUUGCAAUGGCAAUGCUGCUACAUGAGCCUCAUUUACCUUAAUAUCUAUGGCUGUGAUUCUCUGACUGAGCACAACUUGUUACCUUGCUUUCGCCAUUACUUGUGACCUUGCUUUCGCCAUUACUUGUGACCUUGCUUUCCCCAUUACUUGUGACCUUGCUUUCCCCAUUACUUGUGACCUUGCUUUCUUCCCUACACUUUAUCUACAGUAACCUCCACUCUAGGUAUGGCUAAAAUAUGACAUGCUCUAAAUGUGUCUCAACCAGACCACUCCUACUCUGCUCUGCUGCUUGUGCUGUAGAUGGAACGUAAUGGUACUGUAAUGACAAGCUGUAACACGCUGCUUCUACAUACUAAGCCUUGACUAACUUCCUAUAUAGCUAUGCCUCUCUGAAAUGGAAUGUAGUUAUUUAUUCAUAGGAAAUAAUUGAUAAGGAAUUGAUAAGAUUCGAUUGGUCAGUUUUUAUUUUUAUUUUUAAUUUUUAAAUGUAGUCUGGAGUUAACUAAGGGACUUGUCACCAAGAUUGAUUGAUUGCUUUGCCCUAAUCAUUUUGGUCUGAAAUCUAUCAGUUACCACAGUACGGUGUCUCUCCGUCAGAGCUCUUUCUCUCUUUGUGUCAUAGUUUAUUUUUACUUGGCUCUGUUAGAGCUAAUAGGGGAAGUGUUUAUGUGGCAAAAUAGUCGUGGCCAUCAUGAUGCACGUAUACCUUUUAACACACACUUAAAAGGAAGUGUUUACACAUAUAAACAUAUAUACCAGAGUGUGUUUUCUCUGACGUAUGUGUUUUUAUUAUCCGGUGUUAAUGCAUAAAGCUAUGCAUGUGUGUGUCUAUGUACGGUUUGUGUAUAUUUUCGUAACUAUGUAUGGUUUUAUCAUCGUCCCUGUAGGUUUGAGCCUCCAUUGUCCCUUAAGGUACGACUGUGUUAUAGCAAUAAAACCAACUGAACUAUAUUUUCCCAAUUAAAUAUAUCUGAAAUGGUUGUUCAGAGAGGGGUGACGCAACAAAGUGUAUUUUCUUAAUGUUUACAAUCAACUAAUAAACAUCUCAAUGAACAGUGA